AUGAAGUUUAAAAGAAAAAGAAGCGCUGAGGAAGGCUAUGUGGUUGGCCUGGACCUCGCGACAAAAAACACUGAGCUGAAGGAGGAGAUCCGAGACCUGAAGGAGAAGCAGAACGCCCUCCUGCGGGAGUCCCUGCAGCACCAGUAUCUGCGGUACAAAAUGAAGACGGAGUCCGAGAAGAUCCUGCACGAACAGAAAGUCCUCCUGGCAGGGGUGCUUGAGAAGAUCGAGCAAAGCCUGCACGCGCUGAGAAAGGAAGAGCCUGUUUCCCCGCAAAGGCCCAAGGAAGGCCGAAAUCCCUUGAAAGAAAACCCCAAACAAAAGAGCACUGAGCACACACAAUAA